AUGGGGUUUGCAACGGGCUUCACGGGCGGGGUGACGGUAACACUGUCGAUAGCCUGCCUCAGCGUCUUGGCGCACCAGCGCAACCGGCUGGCCCAGGCCGAGGCCCUCCGCUCCCAGGCCUACCUGCUCGACACCCUCUCGACCCCGCAGGGGGCCCCGGGGGCGCGCCGGGCGGCCGCGGCCCGCGCCAGCCUGGCGGAGCGCGCAAAGGACCGGUGGAACCACGAGGUUUCCAAUGCGGCGGGCUGGGUGCAGGGCGCGUCGGGCCCCGCGGCUGCGGCCGACAGGGUUGAGGACGCGGUCGGCAGGGCCUGGAGCCGCGCGCUCGGCGGCUCCGUCGAGCAGGCCGAGGCGGUGCUGCCGGCCGCGGGGGGGACGGUCGAGGCUGCUACCGGUGCAGACGCGUCCAGGGUGACGGUGGCCUCCAUUGUUGGUAAGGCCAGGACGGCCGUCGGGGUCGCGCAGGAGAAGAUCGAAGCGGCCGUGGCGACGGUCUCUGCCGCCACCGCCGCCGCACCGCCGCCGGGGGUGUCGCCAGUCGAGAGGGCGCUCCAGCAGCGGUACGAGAGCAGGGAUGAGGUCUUCGCCAAGAGCGCGGCCGAGAUCAUCAAUGAGAGGUAUAGGCCAAUUGAUGAGAGGGACAACACGACGCUGCGUGGGCUAUAG